ACUCUGUGUACGUUGUUAAUGUCCACAGGACAAAGCGGCACUUAUGGAGAAAUGUGUCAGUUGAAGCCAUCACGUCGGCUUCCUGCCGUUUGGAUGGUAACGUAACGUUACACAGUAACGUUAGCUUGUGAUAAACGGAUAAUAACAGCCUUCGACGAACUGCUAAAACACAGCAUAACUAAAUCCUACCAUAUUGAAUUAAACUGAAGCGAUUUUUUUUAUUCAGAAACUAACAUAGUCCUGCAAAGUUUACGUGGAGACGUUAUACGUUAUUGUAGCUAACGUUACUCAGCGUUAGCACCGUUGUUUAACGUUACCGUUAGCUAACAGUUACUACGGAAUGGAUACGUAUAACCGCCAGUUUACGGGGCGUAACGUUGCCCAUAAAGGAGGACCUAACCUGGGUUAUAUCGAAGCACAGUUGAAGGAUGGUGUAACAUACCGACAGAGGCACCAGGCACUGCUCACCACUCAGAGGCAGACCAUGGCUCCCAUAUCCCUCCUUUUCUUAAGCCUCCUCCUCUCCUUCCUCUAUCCUUCAGAUGCCCAAGUCAUCAUUGACUCCUCCUCCUCCUCCUCCUCCUUCACUCCUCUGGAGCUACCUAUUAAUUCCUCACCUCAACCAACUAAGCAGACUGUUCGAUUCUGGCCCUCUUUGCCUCCCAGAGGACGCAGUGAUGUGCCUAUCAGAAUUACAAUCCAGGAUAGGCUGACGACUACGAAUGCAGUGCAGCAGGUGCAAAGAGUGACCCGUCCUACUGCACAGUCCACUCCUUCUUCUAUAUCAGCCCUUUCUAUGCAGAAUCUCAGCAGUGGGCCACUAACUCAACCAACAUCCUCCAGGCCCAGGACUGACACAGCUAGUCUAGCACUCAGCAGGGCUCUUGCAAGGGGAGAUGCUACAAUAAAAGGCUCAACUCCACCUCUGCCAACUUUACCCUCCGCUGCUGUUGCUGAACCUGCAGGUGAUAAGCCAGUGACAGUAGGCAAUCUAGAGGAGGGAUCAGUCGAAGGGACAGAGGAUGAUGAUUUGCAGUGGUUGGGAUCAAGUAGUACUCCAGCAGUGAUACUUGUGAAGGAAUCACCUGCUCCUCUGCCAACUGUCGGUGAUGAAAUGGCACAGUAUCGACCGCAGGCACAGACUGCGAUAUCUGAAGGUUUAUCAUUUGAAAUGUCUGAUGUAAAGACACCAAAAACGGACAUUUCGACUGUGAAGCCCCAACUGUUACCGCUGACAACAGCCGGCAGAGUCUCUACGACACCACAGACUGAGACAAGAGCCACGCUGUCCCCUGUGGUAACACAGGCGACACCUCGGACUUCAGUAUUAACAGGUGAAUUGACAGCGAAUACUCCAUCCAUCAACAGAGUUGCUCCAAAGCAGGACUCUGCUGCUGUGACAUUACCCCAAACCACGACCACCACUGCUGGCUCCACUGAGAAACAGCCACAGACUGCAGGACAGCCAGUUACUGGUCAAAACCAAAACAGUUCACAAUUAAACACGGUGACACACCAAGUGACGACCACAGUUACAGCAAGUGUGCUCACUACUACACAGGAGGCAGUGAAACCAUCACCCAAAACAACAAAUCAACCCAACAAAACAGCACUACUGGGUAGAAGCUCAGCUAACGCGACAGCCCGGACAGGGACCUCUUCCUUCCUUACUACCGGUAUUGUACCUGUCACCAAAAGCAGGUUUGGCCCCACGUAUCAGGCUGGUAUUGGUCAGAAGAACCGCUCUGUUCUCCUGGGACAUCCUCACCAAGCUCCCCACUCCACCUCUAAUCCAGCUCCCUCUCCCACUGCCAAUCCCACCCCUAAUGGCACACUUCUCUACUGGGGUGACCUGAGCAGGACACUGGCUUUCGCCUGGGAGCUGCAUGUCUACGGGUCAGCUAGCCUCUUCCUCCUCCUAUUUGCUGGAGCUGCUCUUGGCCUCACCCUGUCACCUGGUGCGAACUGUCCUCAUCGGGGGGCUCUUGCGCUCGCCAAUGCUCUCUUAUUUGUGGCUGGUGGCCUUAGGGCAGUUCUCUUUCUAAUUGACCCCUAUGGGACACGUAAAUUCCUCCCUCGCCCCGCAGUUACGGCCAUCUACAACUUGCCUCUACACAUGCUGGUGUGGACACAGGCUGCCAUGGCACUGCUGGCGUUGAGGGUGGCAGGCGUAAGUGUGUUACCUUCAACUUUGGAGCGUCCUCCGCUCGUGGCUGUGUUGGCUGUGUUGCAGUGUACUCUGCUGCUGGCGGCUGAUCUGCUUUCCCCAGCCCUGUCCCCUGUGGUGCCCGUCACCUUGCAGGUGAUGUCCCUGUGCUGGGGCCUGGGUCUCUGUCUGGGAUUCCUCUGUUAUAUCUUUCCACGUAUACGCUGCCCUCUCAUUCCCCAACCUGGAGUCCCCGAAGAAGCCAGGAGGAAGACUUGGACAGGGAGCAGGAGGAUGGGGGUGAUCCUAGGGAGAGUGCUGGCAGUGUGUGCUGUUCUGGGGGCACUGUGCUGUGGGCUCCAUGUCCAUGCAACCUUAUGGCUCUAUGGACUGCUAGGGGACUGGACGCGCUUUAACUGGGGAUGGUGGCUGGUUCACUUCUGGGCCCGGCUCCUGGAACUGGCCUGGGGGUUCUCCCUCCUACUCCUGGGUUCCUGGGUGUUCUGGAGGCCUCAAAGUUGCCGGGGAAGGGAGGAGGGGGAAGCAGGAGAUGGCAGAGCAGCAGGAGACCUGCCAUCCCCUGGCCAAUCUGUAGGCUCCUCUCAUAGACACACCUGCUGGUCCAAGAUAGUCCAGAGCCUGAGGGGGAAGCCCUGUAGAAAGUCUGAUAGCAAUGGGGUUGGAGGAGUAGGAGGAGGAGGACCAGGGGAGGUGCCUAACAACUGGGCAGGCCAGGAGCGUCCUGGAGCUGACAUCAGUAAGAGUCUCAUCAGGAACCAGAACCACGAGCAGGCUACUGCUCAGCCACGCUGCAUCAAAGACAGCAACCGGGGACGCAACCACAGGGGCCACUCUGCAGAACGAGGCAUAUCUGAUGGCUCCACAGGCUCCCUGCUCAGACUGCAGACACUGGGUCGGCCUCCACAGCGUUCAGUGAGUGGCAGUCUGGAUCAGGAUAGGGACACUUCCCUGUCUCUGUAUGAGUUUGAUCUACGGCCCCCUUCUCCCAUUGACCUGACCCGCAGCAUUGACGAGGCUCUGCACAGGGAACACUUGCUUGGAGUAGGCAGCCUGUUUCAUCCUUUGAACCACAUCUCACAAUCGCCCUCCCCAGGUUCAGGGGUCAGCCAGGGGCCUUGGCUUCGCAGGAACAGUGAUCCUCAGCUUUCUGAAAGCAGCGAGGCUCCGACUGAGUCUUCGAUGCCACUAGGGGGCAGCAUUCUCAGCAGUGUGCCCAGCAGGCAGGUGACUGCUCCCCCCACACCCUCCCAUCAGGGUCACAGGUGGGCUGGGAACGGGGUAGGAAGUGUCCCCUCAUCAGUGUCCUGCCCCGUGUCACUGCGUCCCUCCAGAACAUCAACGGGGCAUCUGGGGGAGGAUGGAGUGGAAGACACGCGGCCAUUCAUCACCCCAGACUCAGAAAGUGUGCGGGGGAGGGCUGGGAGGCCAGUCGGGUCACGGAGUUACCUGGAGGUCAACCGACAUGACGACUCUGCCAGCGUUAGCAGUGAAAUUAUUGACUUAUAAACCAAACCUUAGACAUGAGGACCAAUGACCACACAUCAAACUCCCAUUCAACAAAUACUGUUCCUAACUAAGACUUGUGCAAAAAAGCACAACUUCAACAGACAUUGGGAAAAUUUGACCUUUCAACUGCCUAAAAUGAAUUAUUUUUAGAAGAGGGAAAAUAUACAAAAGUGUCUCUGGGUGAUGAACUUUCAAGGAUAUCACCUAGUUGCCUUUCACUUAAGGGUUCAACAACUUGUGUUUAUGGAACAGGUAUAGUGUACCUUUUACUCUGGGAGUAAAACUUGGAGAUUUCGCACAGAUCAACAAUACAACACACUCUCCAUCUCAUUCUCUGACACACAUCACCUUCCUCCCUGUCUUGUCCUGUUUCUCUCUGAAACACACAAACACUUGUAUAACACUGAUAUAACAUAAAACGCACUGGGACAUACUUACAUUACAGCAAGUCCUAAGAAUGGCUCUUCAGCAGGUCCCUGCUUGUUAUUGGCUUAAGAUUUGUGAUGACUUUCAGCUUCUCAUACUGUAUGAAAUAGGUUUAAAUCAUCUCCCUGUCAAGGAACAGUACUUAAUAGUUUGGAUAAGUUUGAUGGGUAAAAGAGAGAUGUGGCUCUGUAGGUCCCAUCCGUAUUGUUUCUGUGAAAAAAAAAUGUCUGCAUAUCAACAAUAGUGAAUUUCAUUGCUUUCAUAGAGCUUAUUUGCUGUCUUUCAUAUUUCAGUUUACUUUGUGAUGUAAAGAUGUGCCAUACAUAACUUCGGUUGGUUCCGUGCUCUUUUUAUGGUUCUAUAAACCCAUUAUUUGGGUUAACUCUCUAUAGCGUCUUACCAGUAUCAUAGUGACUCAGUUAGGGAUUACUACUUCUAAGCUCUUAAUAUGCUGCUGCUGUUGUUGUCCAGUCUGCCUUCUAUGUUAAUGUGAAGCUGAUUACAUAAAGAGGCAGGUAGUAAACAACAGCCAGUGACACAGCGGGCAUAGAGGUGACACGCAGACAGUAUGCUUACAUUGCGGCUGCAAUUGGGAGACGUCAAAAUGAAAUUCAAGCAUUCAUCUGUGAGAUUAAUGCAUUUCAACCUGUUACUUUGCUGUAGGACUACGCUUUUGCAAUCAAUAAUAAUGUACAAUUAAAGCCUCUGACUGCAUUUUUACCGGAUUUGAAGAAGAAUAUUGAAUAUACUCACGAUCCUAUAAGUUGCAUUGAAUCAAUUCGAACUAUUAAAUGCUACACAGCUUUGCAGGGCUGCACCACACAAGACUGGCUUGGCAUGAACCUCAGAACUCUUAUACUCGACCUAACUCAAUAACAGAGCACUUAACUGUACGCCUGAGCACUAGACUGAAGUAUUUUACUACUCAAGAGGAAAAUAUCUUAUUAAAAAAUUAUGUAUAAGCAACAAUGUAAAUAAUGUUAUUUUUGAUGUUCAUGAAUAAAGGUGUAUUCGAAACAUAAUCAUAGUUGUUACUGUGAAAGACAAUCUAAAGUGGUAUUGCUUGAACUGUGCAGACAGUUUGUUAUUUUGACAUCAGAUUGUGAGGACAUGCAGAGCUGUGACGGUUGAUGCUUGACUACAGAGGUUAAUGUCAAGGUCUUUCUGGGCUAUGCUCAGGAUUGUAAUAUUGAUGCAGGUUUUGCAAAAUGUGUAACUAACGGCCAAGGUCUGCAGGACUUAGAUUUCUUUAUUUUUCCUGUCCUUAAAUGAUGACGAAGGUAGUGCUAAAAAACAGAAAAAACAUUUCAAGUGGAAUCAUAUUUAGUCUAGUCAACUUGAAACUGUUAGGUGACCCUGAAAAUAGCCCAGUGCUUCCCUUCCUGAGUCUUAUAUUUGAAAAGUUUUGUUCCAACAUGAGCUAUCCUUUAUUUAUAAAUUAUUACUGUGAUGUUAUCUUGGUCUGCUGUCAUGAAAUACUGAAUGAUACAUUUCAGUUAAGUGGAUAAACAUGAUGUGAGCCAGUCAAUGUAUCACACGACGACUUGUUUUUUCCCGUUACCUCAGGGUGACUUUCAGUACCUCCCAGUGAUGUGAGAUGCUUGAAUUGUUUAGUAUUUGCAGUACAAUGGCCUUCGUGUUGUUGUCUACAUUCCAAUGAAUCUGUACUUGCUGUUACCUCUUCUACUACUUCAUGACAAGGGUGGUACCUCCAGCACCCGUAGCGUUGUCCCCUCCACAAAGCAGUACGUGCCAUAGAAAAUACAAUCAAUGUGCCCCCUCCAGUCUGUAGUCACAGUGCAGAAAUACAGUGUUAGAUUCUUGUUUUGCUCAUUGAACUUUUGUUCUUGUAUUUCUUGCUGCAUUUCAUGUCUGGAUUCAAAUAAAAACGAGAAAUCUUUGAAA